UCUCUCCUCGAAACUGAAGAGUCCAGACGUCGAAAGCUCCGCCGUCCUCCUCGUAUAGAAUCCUCACUUCAUUUUUGUUCCUCGUCCCUCACGCCACGUCUGAGAUAGUCUAUAAGAGAGAAGGAAGGACAGGCUUGGAACCUGAGGGACCGUCAUGAGGCAACGAGUUCUUUUGGUUUUAUUCGUCGGUGUUUGCAUUCUGUCCUUUUCUCUCGGGGAAAGGGGAGGCCAGAAGUCGACGAUCCAGAAGAAAGAUGAAGUCAAGAAAGGUCAGCAAAUUUCCAAGAAGAUGGAGGAAGAAGACAAAGGAACAAAGAAAGAUUCAAGUUCGCACAAAAUCGAGAUAAAUAAGCGUAUAUGGAAACCCAAUGAAGACGAUGAACAGGAAAACGACGAUAAAAAGAAUGGAAUAAACAAGGAUAGAAAGCGAACGAACAAAAAAUUGCAGAAACACAAAGUGUCUUCAGAACCAACGUCAUGCACCGAAGAGGGAGGGAAGUGCAAAAAGAAAUGUAAACAGCAGAACAGAAUUGACGUCACAUGUCAAGACGGAAACAUCUGCUGUGACAUAUCCGCAAGGCAGUCAAAACCCAAACCCAGGAAUUCCAAGGGGGUAAAGGCAUAUUCCAAGGGCAAGCAGGGGAAGUCCGGAGGCUUGAAGGCAUCGGAUAAGGGCGUGGACGAAAAGAUCUUCUGCAAGAAAUCGGUGACCCUUUGCAAGACUAACGAUGGACUGUGCCUCGAGAUCGGGUCCAAUUGCAAGUACACCUUUUUCCCCAUUCACCAUCAAAAGACCUGUAUUGGAAAACCUUGCAGUUGUUGUGUGGAAAAACCGAUGUGCGCCCCUAGCUCCUUCUGCUCGGCCGAGGGCGGCUACUGCAGCGACAACUGCGGCGACGGCGACCGCGUCCUCGAGGGCAAGUGCGGCGAGUUGAAGUGCAAGUGCUGCGCCCCGCCCUGCAAGACGCAGAGCUCGUGCUUCCAGAAGGGCGGCUUCUGCGUCACCAGCGAGGCCUUCUGCGCGGGCACUCUCACGCCGGAGUGCGUGGGCUCAGGCUGCAUGUGUUGCGUGAAUGACCCUCCAUGCACGACGCUGACGAAGUGCUCGAAGGCGGACGGUCGCUGCACCAAAGGGAAAUGCUCGGCCGACGAAGAAGAAAUCGUGGGCGGGUGUUCGGGGUCCGGCUGCAGGUGUUGCGCGCCCAAGCCACCGCCCUGCGUCACGAAGGACAAGUGCAAAAAGACUGGCGGCACGUGCGUGAAGCCUGCCGACUGCAAGUACUCCGACGCCACGUCCAAGGGCUGCAGCAAAGGAUGCGUGUGCUGCCAAGCUCCACCUUGCAAAAAGAAGCGUCCAUGCAAGAAGGAAAGUGGAUACUGUACGACAGAAUAUUGCAAGGGGUCAGAAGUUGAAAUACCAAAGGGCUGCAAAGGGUACGGCUGCCGAUGCUGUGCUAAGUCAGAGCCACCUUGCAAAAUGAAGCGUCCAUGCAAAAAGGAACAUGGAUACUGCACAACAGGAUAUUGCAAAGGCAAAGAAGUUGAAAUAGCGAAGGGCUGCAAAGGGGACGGCUGCCGAUGCUGUGCUGACAAACAGCCACCUUGCAAAAUGAAGCGUCCAUGCAAGAAGGAACAUGGAUACUGCACAACAGGAUAUUGCAAAGGCGAAGAAGUUGAAAUAGCGAAGGGCUGCAAAGGGGACGGUUGCCGAUGCUGUGCUGACAAACCUUUAGAACCACCUUGCAAAAUGAAGCGUCCAUGCAAGAAGGAAAAUGGAUACUGCACAACAGGAUAUUGCAAAGGCAAAGAAGUUGAAAUAGCUAAUGGCUGCAAAGGGGACGGCUGCCGAUGCUGUGCUGACAAACAGCCACCUUGCAAAAUGAAGCGUCCAUGCAAGAAGAAAAAGGGAUAUUGUACAAAAGGAUAUUGCAAGGCCUCAGAAGUUGAAAUAGCUAAAGGCUGCAAAGGGGACGGCUGCCGAUGCUGUGCUGACAAACAGCCACCUUGCAAAAUGAAGCGUCCAUGCAAGAAGAAAAAGGGAUAUUGUACAAAAGGAUAUUGCAAGGCCUCAGAAGUUGAAAUAGCUAAAGGCUGCAAAGGGGACGGCUGCCGAUGCUGUGCUGACAAACAGCCACCUUGCAAAGUGAAGCAUCCAUGCAAGAAGGAAAAGGGAUACUGCACAACGGGAUAUUGCAAAGACAAAGAAGUUGAAAUAGCUAAGGGUUGCAAAGGGUACGGCUGCCGAUGCUGUGCUGACAAACCGAGACCUACAACAACAACUAGGAGACCGUCAACAAGUUCGACUACGAGGCCAACAACUACGACAGUCUCAACAACUACGAGGCCAUCAGGCCCAACGACCACAACAGGACCACCCACAUCAGGGCCACCCACAUCAGGCCCUACGACCACAACAGGACCACCCACAUCAGGGCCACCCACAUCAGGCCCUACAACCACAACAGGACCACCCACAUCAGGGCCACCCACAUCAGGCCCUACGACCACAACAGGACCACCCACAUCAGGCCCAACGACCACAACAGGACCACCCACAUCAGGCCCUACGACCACAACUGGACCACCCACAUCAGGCCCAACGACCACAACAGGACCACCCACAUCAGGCCCAACGACCACAACAGGACCACCCACAUCAGGCCCAACGACCACAACAGGGCCACCCACAUCAGGCCCAACGACCACAACUGGACCACCCACAUCAGGCCCAACGACCACAACAGGACCACCGACAUCGGGCCCAACGACCACAACAGGACCACCCACAUCAGGCCCAACGACCACAACAGGACCACCCACAUCAGGCCCAACGACCACAACAGGACCACCCACAUCAGGCCCUACGACCACAACUGGACCACCCACAUCAGGCCCAACGACCACAACAGGACCACCCACAUCAGGCCCAACGACCACAACUGGACCAACCACAACAGGCCCAACGACCACAACUGGACCAACCACAACAGGCCCUACGACCACAACUGGACCAACCACAACAGGCCCUACGACCACAACAGGCCCUACGACCACAACUGGACCAACCACAACAGGCCCUACGACCACAACAGGCCCUACGACCACAACUGGACCAACCACAACAGGCCCAACGACCACAACAGGCCCAACGACCACAACUGGACCAACCACAACAGGCCCUACGACCACAACAGGCCCAACGACCACAACUGGACCAACCACAACAGGCCCAACGACCACAACUGGACCAACCACAACAGGCCCAACGACCACAACUGGACCAACCACAACAGGCCCUACGACCACAACUGGACCAACCACAACAGGCCCUACGACCACAACUGGACCAACCACAACAGGCCCUACGACCACAACUGGACCAACCACAACAGGCCCUACGACCACAACUGGACCAACCACAACAGGCCCAACGACCACAACUGGACCAACCACAACAGGCCCAACGACCACAACUGGACCAACCACAACAGGCCCAACGACCACAACUGGACCAACCACAACAGGCCCAACGACCACAACUGGACCAACCACAACAGGCCCAACGACCACAACUGGACCAACCACAACAGGCCCUACGACCACAACUGGACCAACCACAACAGGCCCAACGACCACAACAGGCCCUACGACCACAACUGGACCAACCACAACAGGCCCUACGACCACAACUGGACCAACCACAACAGGCCCUACGACCACAACUGGACCAACCACAACAGGCCCUACGACCACAACUGGACCAACCACAACAGGCCCUACGACCACAACUGGACCAACCACAACAGGCCCAACGACCACAACUGGACCAACCACAACAGGCCCAACGACCACAACUGGACCAACCACAACAGGCCCUACGACCACAACUGGACCAACCACAACAGGCCCAACGACCACAACUGGACCAACCACAACAGGCCCAACGACCACAACAGGCCCUACGACCACAACUGGACCAACCACAACAGGCCCAACGACCACAACUGGACCAACCACAACAGGCCCUACGACCACAACUGGACCAACCACAACAGGCCCUACGACCACAACUGGACCAACCACAACAGGCCCAACGACCACAACAGGCCCUACGACCACAACUGGACCAACGCCCUACGACCACAACUGGACCAACCACAACAGGCCCUACGACUACAACUGGACCAACCACAACAGGCCCUACGACCACAACUGGACCAACCACAACAGGCCCUACGACCACAACAGGCCCUACGACCACAACUGGACCAACCACAACAGGCCCUACGACCACAACUGGACCAACCACAACAGGCCCAACGACAACAGGAUAAUCUACACCAGGCCCAACGACCACAACUGGACCAACCACAACAGGCCCAACGACCACAACAGGCCCAACGACCACAACAGGAUAAUCUACACCAGGCCCAACGACCACAACUGGACCAACCACGACAGGCCCUACGACCACAACUGGACCAACCACAACAAGCCCUACGACCUCAACUUGACCGCCCACAUCAGGCCCAACGACCACAACAGGACCACCCGCAUCGGGUCCAACGACCACAACAGGAUAAUCUACACCAGGCCCAACGACCACAACUGGACCACCCACACCAGGCCCUACGACCACAACAGGACCACCCACAUCAGGCCCAACGACCACAACAGGACCACCCACAUCAGGUCCAACGACCACAACUGGACCACCCACAUCAGGCCCAACGACCACAACAGGACCACCCACAUCAGGUCCAACGACCACAACUGGACCACCCACAUCAGGCCCAACGACCACAACAGGGCCACCCACAUCAGGCCCAACGACCACAACAGGACCACCCGCAUCGGGCCCAACGACCACAACAGGACCACCCACAUCAGGCCCUACGACCACAACAGGACCACCCGCAUCGGGCCCAACGACCACAACAGGACCACCCACAUCAAGCCCAACGACCACAACAGGACCACCCACAUCAGGCCCAACGACCACAACUGGACCACCCACAUCAGGCCCAACGACCACAACAGGAUAAUCUACAUAAGGCCAAACGACCACAACUGGACCACCCACAUCAGGCCCAACGACCACAACAGGACCACCCACAUCAGGGCCAACGACCACAACAGGAUAAUCUACAUCAGGCCCAACGACCACAACUGGAUAAUCUACAUAAGGCCAAACGACCACAGCAGGACCACCCACAUCAGGGCGAACGACUACAACAGCAUAACCAAACACAACUACGUAAAAAAUGUCAUGUGCAGUCGUAUACAGCCAUGUGCAGCAAAUAGCUUAGAGUUUAAGUCUCCAUCCUUCAGUUCUACAUGA